GCUUAUAUGAAUCUCAAUCUUAUCACACACUUACUCACCUUAAUAGCUUCUUAUUAGUGUUACUGGGAACUGUGACAUUAUUGCAGUUCCAUCAAUAUAAUGCAGAUUUUCACUUGGCAUCAAGGAGCACUUGUGUGCUUCUUGUUGUCAGUGCUUUUUUUGGGUCUUGGAUUUUGCCAUGGAGACCAAAGUACAUUGGAGGUAGUUGGAAUUGGAGAAUGCACAGAUUGCAAGGAGAAUAAUAUUAACAUAGAACAAGCAUUUUCUGGAUUAAAGGUGAGUAUAGAUUGCAAAGUAUCAAAUGGAGACUUCAAAAGAAGAGGUGAAGGUGAGUUUGACAAGAAUGGGAACUUCAAAGUAACAAUUCCAGAGGACAUAGUAAAAGAUGGUGAAGUCAAAGAAGAGUGCUAUGCUCAAUUGCAUAGUGCAAAAGCUGCACCAUGCCCUGCACAUGAUGAUGAUGGUCUUCACCACUCUAAAAUAGUUCUCACCAAUUCAAAACUUAGCACUGUUGGAAAACUGAAGUUUUCAUCAGUUACAUGCCCUUCAAAAUUCUUCUGGCCUUUGUUCAAACACCCUCUCUUUAACCACCCUCUAUUCAAACACCACCCUCUUUUCAAACACCCUCACUUGCCUAAGCUUCCACAUAUUCCAAUUCCUCACAAGAAAUUUCCACCAGUUCCACAUUUUCCAAUUCCUCACAAGAAAUUUCCACCGUUACCACCAAAACCAAAGAUUUUCCAUAAACACCCUCACCCUUUCUUUCCACCUAUCUAUAAAAAACCUCUUCCACCACCAGUUCCAAUUGAGAAACCACCUCUUCCUCCACCAGUUCCAAUUGAGAAACCACCACUUCCUCCACCAGUUCCAAUUGUGAAGCCUCUUCCUCCACCUGUGCCAGUUGUCAAGAAGCCAUGUCCACCACCAAAGGUCGAGAAGCCAAAGCCAAAGCCGCCUCCAUUGCCGCCGGCACCAAUAGUUUUGCCUCCCAAGAAGCCAUGUCCACCAAAGGCUAAACCUCCACCAUCACCAAAACCAUCUCCACCAAAGACAAAGCCUCCACCAUCACCAAAACCAUCUCCACCAAAGACCAAACCUCCACCAUCACCAAAACCAUCUCCACCAAAGACUAAGCCUCCACCAUCACCAUCACCAUCACCACCAUAUGUUAAACCUCUUCCUCCACCAGUUCCAAAGCCAUCAUGUCCUCCUCUUCCUCCCAAGAUUCUUCCACCACCUGUUCCAAUUUACAAGCCACCACCAGUAGUUAUUGGUAAACCACCAUGUCCACCAUUUGUGAAACCUAUCCCUCCUAUCCCUAAGCUACCACCAUGGAAGCCUCUUCCUCCACUACCAAAGCUUCCACCAUGGAAGCCUCUUCCUCCUCUUCCAAAGUUGCCACCUUUCAAGAAGCCUCCAUGUCCACCCCUUCCUAAGCUCCCUCCAAAGUCCUUCUUCCACCAUCACCCCAAGUUUGGAAAAUGGCCUCCACUCCCACCUUUCUCUCCUUCUAAUCCAUAGUUCCAUUUUGUUAGCCAUUGUGCAGAACUAGGUUCUUGUUGUUGUUGUUGUUGGCUUGGCAACUUAAUUUGCAUGCAUGCAUGGUUUAAUUCUUCAUGUCUUUGUUUCUUUUCUUUCUUUGUGUAUCAUCAAGGAUUUUUAUGAUGUAUUUAAAUGCAAAUAAUAAAUUGUAAGCCUCCAAGGGAUGUAGAAUUCGAAGAGAAGGAAUCAUCAUCACGAAUGAAGGGUGAGAAAGUGGAAACAGAAAUUGAUGGAUAUAUGUUCGAUUAAUUAUUUGUACAAGCUUGCAAUCAAGUGUAUUAAUUAAUGAAGAACUUGAGCAGUAUGAUUAA